AGAGCUUUUGCACCUGUGUUGCUUGCCUUUGUCCUUGGUGAAGUUUUUCCAUCUCGUUUUGCCUCUCCAUUUCUUCGGACCUGUUGCAUUAUCGCCCACGAAACCUAAAACAUUUUACAGAUCGAUUGCGCAAGUGAUGGGAGCAGGGGGAUGUUGUUUGGCGAGCGCCGACUUUUACGCUUUAAACCGCCGAUGGCCUCGACUGUUGUUUUGGCGUCAACAUGUGCCAGUUACUCAACCGAAGUCGAAGGUUUGAACUCACGGCUUCGCUUCCCCGAGCGCCUCGCGCGCCUCCUUUAACGCCGCACAAGAAUGUGUAUUUAUGGUUGCUAUUGCCGCCCAUAUGCAAAAAGUACAUUCAGUCCCGUACUUGACUGGCAAACACCGUCAAGUAGAGAAGACGGUGUGCUGCUGCAGAAGAAGUGCAGCGAGGCUGUGUUGACAAUUAGCGUUUGGCACAUUCCUCACGGAGCUAGACGUUGUGAAAACGACCACCUUGGGACAUUUCCGACUGGCCGUUUUAAGUAGAUAUUCAUGGUGUAUUUUGUUAAUAAGAAUUGCAUUAGUUUAAUUGAGCAAGUAGAUAAUUUUGUUUUAAGAAGCUGUGUGGCAUAGAAACACAUUGUUUACCAUAUUAGUACUCGAGGUUGCGUUUAACCAAACUGUGCCAAACAACUGUCCAAAAACUCAUCAAUCUGUGUCUUUUUCAAGCUAAAAUGUAUCAAGUAAAAGUAGUUUGUUGUCUGUUAAAUAGUGUGUUGUAUUACUUAAAAACAAACAACAAUAAUAGUUAUAAUAGGUAACUUAGAGACUAUGGGAACUUAUGGUGGAUCAUUUACAGCUGAUGUUUAAGGUAAAAACAGAUAAACAUUUUAUUGCUGAACUCACCUUUAUUAUGAAUGUAGAAACUGAUUAAAAAAAAUCUCUUAAGACACUCAUUUUCCCAUUUUUUUUCCGAAAAAUCCCCAAUUAAAAAAAAAAAAAAGUAAUAAAAUCCCCAGGAAAAAGAAAUCAGAAGUCAUUAUUGUUUAGAAAUUGGUACCAAAUAAACAAUCAGUCAAGACAGAUGCAGAUUUGUUUUAAAUGAUUGUUUUACAUAGAUUUGUUUGUUGUUAGUGAUCAUUUCUAUUAACUUUUCCAUGUGGUGCUUCUGUGUGUGUUCUUGGAUAUUGUUGUCACAGUUGUACAAGUUUCACUGUAACAGUUGUUGCAGCAUCACCACUCCAACAACAUUCACAGCCCCCAUUGAGAAAUACCUCACAGAGGGCAGAUGGAAACGUAGAGCUCUGUACAGUAGAUGCAGAUUUUGGAUGUCAGAUUGAGUUGUGAAUAUCUGUGCUACUUUUAGUCUCUGCACACCAUUCUCAUGUUUCCCUGCGUUUGCCAGAACCCUGUUUGUGUUCCGAUGAACCUGGUGCCAAGGCUUAUGUAUGAGCAGUUCCCACGCUUGCAUUUGGAAAAGCCCUCGAGGCCACUGCUCCAUGCUUUGAUGCCCACACUCUUUGAAGCAGGUGGACAGACGCAGGUAUGAGUAACAGUGGGACCAAAGAGCCGUCUCCUCAGCCGAGCACUGCCCAGUCGCCCGAAGAGCCUCAGCGCAGGGGCAGAGGUCGACCACGGAAACAGCAACAGGAGCCUGUUGGACCACCAACUCCAAAGCGACCGAGAGGACGACCAAAAGGCAGCAAGAACAAAGGCCCCAGAACUGCACUGAAGAAAGUAGAGCCCGUUGGGGAGAGACGACCACGAGGGCGACCGAGGAAAUGGCCCCAGAAAGUAGUUCCAGAAGUGACUGAAGAGCAGAAGGGUGCUUCAGAGGAGGCUGAGGAAGGUCCCUCAUCUCAGGUGCCUGAACAGGAGGAAGGGGAGUAGAUAAGAUACCUCUCUACCUACCUCAAGGUUUGGCCUCAAGCAAACAGGGGUACAUUCUGACUCCUAUCUGUGAUGGGGAUUCAGGAACACACACACACACUCACACUCAAAAUCAUGGCAAACAGUAGUUUCCUCUCUUGAUCUAAACACACUCUAGAUUUGUCGUUACCUUUUUUGUUGUAAAGAAAUGAUCCUUUAACACCGGACUUAUUUGAUAUUUUGUUUAAGUAUGGUUCCACAUUUUGGGAAACACACUCAUUGUCUUGCUUGCUGAAGAAGCUGUUUUUAAAAGUUGAUGGUAACUAAAGGAAAAAAACACACUAAAUGUCUUAGUCAUGAGCUGGGCCGUCACAUCUCACCAGAACAGCUUAAUUGUGCCUUUAUGUAUCUCCAUUUUAUCUAUGGGACACCAUUAUUCCAACAGAAGUGACCUCAUAUGAAGGUUUGAUGAUGAUGGGGGAGAAUCCUGUCUCCAACAUCCAUUUCAAAUCUCCAGUCAUAUUUAUUUCCUAAUCCAAGCUUUCACUGACCCUUGUGCCUUAGCAAUAGAAGCAUUGUCAGCCAUGGAGAGUAGACGAUCAGAUUAGAAAUCUUAAUCUGUAUUAUUUUGAUUUAAACGGGACAAGCG